AUGUCUAACCAAGCAAAUGGUUUUCAGGGUUCUCAACCCUUUAUAAGUGAUAAAGAGUAUAAGAGCUUAUCUUUGGAUCAAUUAAAAUAUAUAUUAAAUCAGAAGAAACAAGGACUUAAGGAUAAUUAUAAAGAAUUAAGUGAAAAAGAAAAAAUAAUUCGUGAUAUUAGAAAAGCAGAUAAACUUAGUGAAAAAGUAAAACAAGGUAUUGAUAUAAAAAAAGAAAGGAAGAAAAAGGUAAAAAAAAAAGAAAGUAAAAAGAAGAUAAAAUCAUUUGAUGAGUAUUUUGAGCAAUGUAUAAAAAAUAAAGAGAUACCACCAGAUACUCCUUCUUAUUUACGUGAAGCUCUUGAGAGAGCUAUUAAGGAAUAUGAUCAAGGACUUAUUAAAGAAAAAUCAUCUUUGGAAAACUUUGCUAACAAAUAUGUUAUUAAAGGAGAACCUGGAUUAUCUCCAGCUGAUUUUUUAAAUAGAAUUCAUAAAACUUUAGAAGAAUUUUUUACAUAUCAUAGAAAUAUAAAAUUUAAUAGGCUUUUGGUUUGUUUAAUGGAACAACAAGAAAUUAGUAAAGAUAAAGGAGUUGUAGGAUUGAAUCAAAGUAAGGCUUACUUUACAUCAGGAAUUCUAAAAAAUUUAAAAUCAACAGAUGUAAAUAAAUUAAUUAAUCUUUGUUAUAAAAAAAUUCUUAAUGAUGUAGAUGCUUAUCAAGAAAAUGGAAGUGGAUGGUAUUUUAAUGAAAUUCAUACUGUUGAGUUUAAUCCAGCGAAGGGUUCAUCUUACAUUCCUCUUCCAGAUUGGAUAUCAAAUAAAAAAGCAAUAGUUAAUAUUGAAAACAAAGAUGAUAAAUGCUUUAUUUGGUGUAUACUUAGAUAUCUUUAUCCAAGAGAUAGAGAUGAAGAAAGAUUAACAGAUUCGAAAAAGUAUGAGAAUUCUCUUAACACUAAAGGAAUUACUUUUCCAAUGAAAUUAAGAGAUAUUUCCAAAUUUGAAAAACUUAAUCCAUCUCUUCCAGGAAUAAAUGUUUUUUCAGUUAAUGAAAACAAAAAUUUUGAUCCUUUAAGAAUGGCAGAGAAAGACUGUCUAAAUACUAUUGAUUUGUUUUUAUAUGAAGAAGAUGGUGCUUCACAUUACUCACUAACUAAAAAUUUGAAUCGUUUGAUUAAGUCUCAAAAAACUAAAAGUAAGAAUGGUUCAUUUUAUAUUUGUAAAAAAUGCUUUAUUCAUUUUACUUAGUAUGAAUUAUUACAAAAGCAUAUCUUAUAUUGUUCAAAUAAUGAAACAGUUUCUGUGAAAAUGCCUCCACAAGGAACAAUGUUAAAAUUUAAAAAUUACCAAAAUCAACUUCCAGUUCCUUUUGUAGUUUAUGCAGAUUUUGAAUGCUUUACUAAACCAAUGAAUACUUGUAGUCCUAAUCCAAAAGAAUCGUAUAAUUAUAAUUACCAAAAACAUGAACCAUCAGGAUUUUGUUUUCAUAUAAAAGGAUUAGUAGAUACCAAAUUUGAGCCAAUUAUUUAUACCAAGAAAAAAGAACGUGAUGACGUAGCUAUAAGAUAUUUGUUGAAAAACUUACAAAAGUAACCAAUAAGAUAUACAAUGAUUUUUAUUGUCGGCCAAUACCUCUUCGUUUAACAAGACAAGAACAAAAAUCAUUUGAUAAAGCUAAAACCUGUUAUAUUUGUAAUAAAGAAUUAUUAGAUGAUAAAGUUAGAGAUCAUUGUCAUUUUACUGGUAAAUACCGUGGAGCUGCUCAUAAUAGUUGUAAUCUACAGUGUCGCAAACCAAUGAUUCUUCCAGUUAUAUUUCACAAUCUUCAAGGGUAUGAUGCUCAUUUGUCUAUAAAACAACUUGCUUGUUUACCAGGUGAGUUUAACUGUAUUCCAUCUACUGAAGAAAAGUAUAUUUCAUUUUCUAAAAAGAUUAAGGUUGAUGAGUACAAAUCUAGACGCAAUGGAGAAAUGAUUUCAUUAUAUUUUGAAAUACGAUUUAUUGAUUCAUUCAAGUUUCUUCAAACAUUCCUUGCUAAUCUUGUUUCAAAUCUCCAACCGGAUGAUUUCCAUAAUACAAAAGAAGUAUUUAAGGAAAAUGUUGACUUACUAACUCGUAAGGGAGUUUAUCCAUAUGACUAUGUUUCCUCAAUGGAAAAACUAUCUGAAACACAAUUACCUUCAAAAGACUCCUUUUAUUCAAAACUAAAUGAUGAAGAGAUAAACGAUGAUGAUUAUCAACACGCUAUCAAUGUCUGGAAUACUUUUAAAUGUAAAACAAUUAGAGAUUAUCACAAUAUUUACCUAAAGUCUGAUGUUCUACUUUUGUCAGAUGUAUUUGAAAACUUUAGGAAAACUUGUCUCAAACAUUACAAUCUAGAUCCAGCUCAUUAUUACACAUCUCCUGGGCUAGCUUGGGGUGCAUGUCUCAAAGAAACAGGUCAGGAAUUACAAUUACUAAAUGAUUAUGAUAUGUUAAUGAUGUUUGAAAAAGGAAUUCGUGGUGGAAUAUCUCACAUAUCAAAAAGAUAUACAGAAGCAAAUAAUAAAUACAUGAAAAAUUAUAAUCCUAAUAAGGAGACUAGUUAUAUUCAAUAUCUUGAUGCAAAUAAUCUUUACGGUUGGGCAAUGUCUCAACAACUUCCAACACAUGGAUUUAGUUGGAUGAAAAAUUCAACAAAAGAAAAAGUAAUGGAUAUCUUGGAUAAAGCAAAUCAUAGUAUGUCAAAUCGUGGAAGAAAAGGAUAUAUAUUUGAAGUUGAUUUGGAACAUCCUUCCAACCUAUGGGAAUCACAUAAUGACUAUCCUCUUGCACCUGAGAAGAUGAUUGUCAAUGGUGUUGAAAAACAAAUUUGUCAUUUUAAACCAAGAAAGAACUAUGUUGUACAUUAUCGAAAUCUGAGACAAUACCUUGAGAUGGGAAUGAGAAUAACUGCUGUUCACAGAGGAAUAUCAUUUUACCAAUCUUCUUGGAUGGAGCCUUACAUAAGAAAAAAUACAGAACUUCGAAAAACAGCAUCCAACAGUUUUGAGAAAGACUUUUUCAAACUAAUGAAUAAUUCCUUAUUUGGAAAAACAAUAGAAAACAUAAGGAAACGACAAAAUAUAUUUAUUAUUGAUGAUCGUAAGAAAGCUGUAAAGUUAACAAGUCGUCCAAACUUUGAUAGGGCAACAAUAUUUGAUAAAAAUCUUAUUGCUGUUCAUAUGAAAAAGACAGAAGUUUAUUUUAACAAAACAGUAUAUGUUGGACAAGCAAUUCUAGAUCUGUCAAAAACAUUAAUGUUUGAUUUUCAUUACAACUAUAUUAAAAAGAAAUAUAAACACAGGGCUGAGUUAAUGUUUACAGAUACCGACUCACUUUUAUACCAAAUUCAUACGGAUGAUUUUUACAAAGAUAUAUCCUAUGAUAUAAAAACCAAGUUUGACACAUCUGAUUAUCCUCCUAAUCAUCCAUCUGGAAUACUAACAGGAGUAAACAAAAAAGUAAUAGGAAUGUUUAAGGAUGAAGUAGCUGGUAGACAGAUUACACAUUUUGUUGGUCUUCGUCCGAAGCUUUAUAGUUUCAAGGUAGAGGAUGGAAGUUUAACCAAAAAGUUUAAAGGUAUAAAGAAAAAUGUUGUAAAAAAGGCAAUAGAAUUUGAAGACUAUGUAGAAUGUUUAUUUUCUGGUGAAAAACAAAUGAGAUCUAUGAAAAUUAUAAGAAGUGAAAAUCAUGAUAUAUAUUCAAAAGAAGUUAAUAAAAUAGCUCUCAGUAAUGAAGAUGAUAAACGCACUAUGAUGGAGGAUAAAGUGAAUACGUUGGCUUUAAGAUAA